UGUAGCAUUAAAGCGGGUAUAUUGAAUAAUUGGGAUUUUAAUUUCAAAACAGGAAGUUCUAAUUUCAAUCAGAGAUAAUUAUGAUAAAACGAAGAAAAAAGAAUACAAAAGGAAUACACAGUACAAGUAAACUAAAGAGUAUUUAUUGAUAAAUUUUCAAAGCGAAAAAUAAGUUUUUGAAAAAGUAAAUGACUUUUAAUAUUUUUUUUUCAAACCAUGUCAAUUUUUAGCUUGUUGCUCAUCUGUAUCAUUUAAAAAAUCACAUGUGGGUAAUUAUCAUAUGAUCUGUAUUUGUUUGGAAGCUAUUUUUCAAGUGAAAAAUAAAACAGAAAAACAACAUCUGCAGAAAUGCAUUAACAAAACACUUCACAACAGUACAUACACUACACUACAUUACACUACACUACACUCACACAGAAUGACAAUUUUUUGAAAAUUACGCAUAUCUAACAACAUAAAACUACAUAUCCACACACCACAAAAAGCAUUGAAUUUUUAUCAAAUAUGGCUAUGAGAAGAUUUUUUCAUCUUGCUGAGGCUUUUCAGAGUUUGAGAGGAACAACUAUUCCAACUGUAACACAUCACCAAAAUUCAUACCUCCAGCAAUUCAACAAACUUUUCAGCACAACAAAUGUAGAUCUUGCAUGUGGCAUAAAGAAUAAUGGUGAGUCAGCUGGUAAAUGUUCUAAAGAGAACAAAUGCAAGAAUGGCCAUAGCAAAUGGCCAGUUGGCGAGAAAGGCAAAUGUCCUAGUGAUGUGGUGAAUAAGUGUUCACAUGAAUCAAGCAGCAAAUGUUCCAAAUGUCCUGGGGAGUCGAGCAAUAAAUGUUCUGGGGAAGCCAAGAAAAAAUGUCCAGUUGACCCAUGUGAAAGAUGCCCUGCAUGCCCUUGUCCUACCACAUGUGGAAAUGGAUCAAAUGGAAAUGGCAAAAAUGGUAAGAAAGAGAGACUGUGCUCACAAAAGAAAGCUCCAGGUGAAGGUGCAAGACCAAAACCAAAGCCAAAGCCGAAGCCUUGUCCUACCGAAGAAAGUAAAUGUCCACAGAAAGUGUCAAUCAGUGACAUGAAAUCCACAUCAAGUAGUGGUGAUACAAAGAAAGGAGCAGGGAAGAAGCCAUGUGGUAAUGGUUCUCAGAAAGAUAAAUCAAAGAAAAUGGGCAACUGUAAAAGAGGGCAACCUGGUGGGGGAAAUGGUAAACAGAAAAAUGGCUCUAAAACGUCAAAUGAUAUUGCAGCUGAUUCCCAAUCGAAAAAUGUUGUCAAUGCUACUAAAAAUAAUACGCCACCAGAAACAUUAGAAAAAUAUCAGGAAAAAUGGGACAAGAAAACUCCUCCACAGGGCGCAGAAGAGAGCACAUUGAUGGCAAAGGUCACUGAAAGGUUUUUUGGAAAAUGCAAGAAAGCAAAGUAGAUGAACGUUUGAUCUAAGGAGGAAAACUACCUAUUUCUAAAUUACAAUAAAAUUCUAGUGAAUUAUCUUUCUCAAAUAA